UCUCUAGGCCGUCUUUAUUUCUUCGUUGUGAAAACCCACUUCAAACCAUGGAGUACUCAUCAUCAAACAAGUCAAUUAUGCCGAAAUCAUCAAAGAAGAAACCAGCAUCAGCGUAUAUGGGACCACCAGAAAGGAAAAGGAAGGAAUUACAGAAAAUGGUGGAUGGGAUUAAGCGGGAGUGGUUGAAGAAAGGAGUUACGGUGAAGAAGGUGGUGAUUGACGGUGAGGUGGUGGAGGGUGAGGCGGUGGAGGAAGAGGAGGAAAACGAUGAGGAUGAGGAAAGCGAUGAGGAUGAGAAGAAGAAGAUCAACGAUUCAGUUUGAGGGAAAUAAUGCUAGACAAUUACAACUGCUUAUUUAGCAUUAAGGAUUGACAAAUUCCAGGUAUUAGUAAGAGCAAGUCUUAUGGUGGAAUCCAUCCAUCUUCCAUCU